AUAAAUCAAGAGUCAAGACUACAAGACAGCAAGACUCAGGUCGAUAUUCGAUACCCUCUUCGAUAUCUCGAACCGUCCGAUUCAUUUGAUUUCAUCGCCUUUCGGCAAUACACGAAGAAGGAAAUGUCAUCCAAACCAAAAUCAUUUACGUAAUCGUGUUAAAUCUCAUAAUGGCCGGCGGAAAAAUAGUUUAUAGUACAUGACAAUGAUAUCCAACAAGAGACGCAUCAUUUCGCUGACACGAGACAACGCGUGCACCAUUCUCUCGUCAUUCUUAUCCGAAGGUUAAAAGAAAUAAGUGAAGAAAAAUGCAAUAAAUCAGAAAAUUCUGUGCACAUAGACAAACUGCAGCUCCGAAACCGAGAACUCUCGCUCCGGAGGAUCUGCAGACGCGCGUUUCCGGCACGUGACACCUUACAAAUGCGCACGCGAUUAGGCAUGGGUGCAUUCCUCGAGAAUCCAAUGUUCUUCUUCAUGGACGAGGUGGAACCGAUCCUGCCGACAUUCCGGUCACCUGCUGAUUACAAUGACUUUGGCAGGAUCGUGGAACUGGCGGACGUUGGCUGCGAUACGGAGGCCACGUUUCCGGUACACUUUCCAUUCCGCGGCGCGUCCGAUCGGCGACGCGGAGGAGCUGAGAACGCUGCUUUGACCCGUAGGACCGCCAAGUGGCGCAAUGAAAGACCGAGAAACCUCGUUCGCACCCCCGCAGCCCUAAACAAGGGUAAAGCGAGCGAGUGCGAUCGAAAGCGUGUUUGGGAUUUGACAGAAUCGACGCCCGAAACAUCUUUCGAUCGACCGCAGAGCAGGAAUGGAAAUUAUCUCGCACGACAAAUGCGGCGGGACGAGCGCAACUACGAUGACGCGUACUUUGCUGAUGUGGAUUACGAUACGUAUGCUACGGAGGAUAGCUACGACGACUUUGAGCUUCCAACGAACGAUUCCACGGAAUAUACGGGCGACUGCUACGCCAAGUUCGUCAAACUCCAGAAUAUGAUCAGGCAUUCACGAAAGGGACGAGAUGUGCGAUGUGACUAUUCAAGGGAUCUCAAGUCUCCACCCUCACGGGGUACUCGCACAUGUUGUGAGCAGAAUGGUCCUCCGCGAUGGUUCGCCAACAACGACGAGAGAAAUUUCCGUGAAGCACGCGAUACCGAUGCUCGAUCGAGACGAUCACCCUCGAGCGAGCGUAGGAAACGUAUAAAUGUUACCCCGAGAAUGGACAAGAACUUCUACCGCAAAUCUGAAUUCGAAAAGCUUCGCGGCAUGAAGAAUUAUCAGGAAAAAGACGCUCUUUUCCCUGAUGCCUCCAAUUCUACCGAAAUUUCGCAAAAUGGUUUUUGGGAAUUUGUUCCAUUCGAAAACGAGGCAAAUAGCGAAGAAUUAAUGUUCUCAGAUAUUGCUGAUUCAGAAAGGGAAGGGAAGCUCGGAGAAACGCGAAAGAGAAACAGCCGAGACAAUUUAUCGCCAGAAAUUGAAGACGCGAAACGGCGAACUUUGAAAAAGAACGCGGAGAUGGAGAAGUCCAAGAUUGUCCCGCCAAAUUUGUCUAACGUGAGUUCUCCUCGCGUUCGAUCGGCAAGAACGUCCACCGACGACCGAUUAUCGAAUGUAUACUCCGCUGAGAAAGAUUUGAUCAAUGCGAGAUCACACUUGCCUGUAGAGGAAAAAAAGACUGUUUCCCUGACAUCAGCUGAGAGGAAGGAAGAGAGUGCAAAUUCGAUUUCUGCUCGAACAAAUACCAGUCAUCAAUAUCGCGAUCGAUUCGUCAAUAAAUCUUCCAAUAAAUCUAGUGAAACAAAUCGACCGAUGAAAAAGUCUAAACGUAUCGCAAACUCAAAGAGCAAUGAACGAACGUUCAUAGCGAAUAAAGAACACAAUGCUAAUCCACAUUCGAAAAAUCUUGAGAACAAUAAUACUGAUCGAAUCAAUGUUUCGCGAUCUACGGCCGAAGAAAUAACUGAAAAUAAGAGAACUCUUACCUUGAAGAUGACGGGGACUUCAUGGACGGAAGUAGAAAAAGAGAAGAAAUUCUCAUCAAAAUUACCCAUAAGAACAUGGAAACGUCUAAGAACAAAAGAACCUGCCGCUGCUAUGAGUCCUGAAAGCAAUAUUACAAAUGAGGAUGAAAAUCAAGAACUUCAAAAACCAGAUAUCGAGAUUAUGCAUCGAAACAAUCACUCAGUAAUUCCAGAAAAUGAGGAAAAUCACGAGGAAAUUGUGAAAGAUCAUGCAUCGAAGGAUCACAGCAAUAUCAAACGCAGCGAUCAGCUGCGUUUCAGGACGAAAUUGCUCAACGCUGGUAAACCAGAGUUGACUUCCACCAACAUAAGGAAGAUCAAAGGCUCAAAGGCAGCGGAAAUGCGCGAACAGCGCAAUAAGAAACUCAACAUCCGGUAAAACUGCAAAGUAUCUUAGAAUACAGCGAGAUGUGAGUAAUUUUAAGUACAUUUUCAAGCAGCAAUUAUAUUGAAUAUUUCAUUUGUUCCUUAAUCAGUCUUUCACGCGUAUAGAAACUAUUAACGACAGACAAUUGGGGUGAAAUUAUAAACAAAGUUGAGAAAAUAAAGAGAAAUAAAAUAAAGACAAUCAACAAUACGAUUCAUAUCUCGUUCAAGUAUAAAAAAAGUGAUUCAAUCGUA